AUAAAGCGCGCUCCUCUGCAGUGUCUUGAGGUGUGUGUGAGUGUGUGUGAGAGAGCGCGUGUGUUAGUGCAUGUGUGUGCGCGCGCUCGGUGUGUGAGUGAUGCUGAUGCUGAUGUUUAGCUCCAGCAUGCAGCCGUAAAUCAUUACAGACAGACAGACAGACAGACAGAGAGACAGACAGACAGACAGAUAGAGAGACAGACAGACAGAGAGACAGACAGACAGACAGACAGAGAGAGAGAGAGAGAACGACUUACAGCUCGGGUUUGGGUUCUUUUUGUGUUCCGGAGCUUCUGUGUUGUGCUGAAUAAAUCUCACAUCAGGAGUCAUGACAGCUGCGAGAUGCGCUUUACUUCUGCUCCUGCUGCUCCAGUGCGUUUCCUCUCUGCCUGUGACACGCCCUCACCUGGAGCACAAGGAUGUGAAGGUGAUUAAGUGUAUUGUGGAGGUUCUGGCUGAUGUUCUGACCAAACCUCACUCCCUCCCCGUGUCUCAGCCGUGUCUGGAAACCCUCAGGACCGAUGAAAGACUAGUGACCGUGUUGCGUCACCGUAACUUCCUCCAGGAGCUGCAGGACAUCGCUGGAGAAGGAGCCAAUGAGAUGCCAGAGAAGGGACUAGAGGCAGGUCCUGACCACACCCCAGAUCUCCAGGAGCCUGCAGAUCAGUCCAUGCUGAUGGUCUUGACUCCGGGAAAUUCGCUGGAGGAGAGAGGAGCAGAGGAGGAGAAGGAACACAAGUCGCAGGAGAAUGACGACAUCACCAGCCACGAAGAAGAUGAGAAGAAGGAACGUGCUGUGAUGAAGAAAACAGAUGACAGUGAUGAAGAGGAAGAAGUAGAUGAGGCAGGAGCAGCUGGAGCUCCAGAUCACAGCCACAUGGAGGAGGAGGAGGAGGAGGAAGAGGAGGCUGAGAGGCAGCAGAGAGACUGGAGUCGGAGCAGAGAGCCGGUCCAGCGCAGGGCUUACGGCCAGCAGGAGGCGCCGCACCACUCCAAGGAGGCGUGGAAGAGUCCUGAGGAGGAGGAGCUCAAGAUGAUGGCAGGAAGAGAACCUGAGGAGCACAGAGACAUGGAGGAGGGCAGCGCUAGCAAGAAGACUGAGGACGCUGAGAUGGAGAGUUUGGCUGUGAUGGAGAACGAGUUGGAGAACAUGGCUCAGAAACUCCACAAGCUGCGACACGGCUAAAACACACUAGCAUCAUCUUCACCUCCAGAGGAACCUGAUGCACACACACAGACACACAGACACACACACACACACACACACACGCGCACACACACACACACACACACACACACACACACACACACACACACACACACACUGCUCUGCAGCACAAACACAUGUUCAGGACACGAUCCUGCUUCAGCUUCAUCUCUGUCUUGCUCGCUUACUGAAGAACACGGCACAUUAGAACAUCACAAGAUUAACAACAUGGAGAAGAAUUAUAAUAAAAAUGCUAAUAAUUAAGAAUAAUAAUGAAUAAUCAGUAAAGACGACGAGUUUGUGUGCUUUUAAAAAUGCAAUAAUAUUUUUAUUUGAAUAGAAUUGAAGUGGAAUUUCAGCUGGGGUUUAUUUUAGACAAAUAAAGAUUGAGCGAGUUCUCAGUGAGUCGUGCGACUGCUCAUUGCUGUGUGUGUGUG